AUGACCUCCAGUAAGAAAGAUGCAAAUCGACGAAGUCUUUUCAAUCUCUUGAUCCCAACUAAAAUCGUCUUCUCUGGGAAGCCAGACCCAUCUCCAACCGACUCUGGGGCAACAGAAAGCCCGGCAUCAGAGCCAAUUAUCCCAGUGCGAAAAGAUCGGCUUAGGGCUCGUUUGACCCGCAGUGGCUCCAAGAUUCUACUGUUGCUGGGCUUGCGUGGUUCAUCCAAGAGCAACAAGGAAUUUAGUCUCGACAGUGAUUACUGCGAUUCCGUACAGGCCGGCGACGAAAGUCCAGGUGUCUCGAACCCAUCUUCCCCAAGUGAGAAUGGCAAUGAUAGCCCAGAGUAUCCGAUUGCAGCCGAGUCCCCACGAAGCGAACCGCUACCUACCACUCCUUCACUCAGCAUCCCUACCCAAGUGGUUGAUACUUAUUCUGAACCACUUCCCGACCUACGAUCGUCACCCGAGAGUCAGGGUGAAUUAGCUGUUGUCAACGACGUGCAGCAACAUGCCACAGGCGAGGAUCCUCUGCCGACUACCGUCACUGAGCAACCGAGUCUAUCCAAUUCAAAAUUUGUCGAUCGCUUCUCGCAUAAGAUCUCGCUUGCGUUUGGUCAGCCCACUGUCAUCCGCCGUGUGCAUCUUCGGUCAAGACCGAGUAUUCUUCCUCUCAAUUCGCCAGUAUUGGAAGAUUUGAGCAAACAGAGUGAUGGUGCCAAUGAUAGCUCAAACCCGUCAACCAGCCGCAGUAGUGGCAAACUGCACGAUGGACACGAAACUGCAGUGAUGCAUUGGCCCUCUCUCUCCGAGAUUAAUGAAGCUUCCAAUGCUCCAGACACCAAUGUAAUCACAGUAUCGCCGUCAAUCAAAACUGUCGAAGCGACAUCAGUGGCGAAAGUUUACUUGGAACUAUACUUCAACUCCAUUUUCCACAACAAAGAUUCCCGUCAGCAACGUCAGCUCGAGUUGGAGCAGCACAUCUAUGCAUUUGAGCUCACACCCGAGGAGCGAUUGAUGACAAGACACAACUGGGUCUUGCGCGAGAACGAUUAUCUUCGACAGUGUCGUGUGCUCAAAUCAAACCGAUACUGCAGCCAAGCAGAAAACGCCAUCUCUGUUGCGGGGUACAAACCUAUAAAGGUACUGGGGAAAGGAAGCUUUGGUGUUGUGCGUCUUGUUCGACCGAGUGGUUAUGAUUCGAAGAGCUCCCAGGAAGACGCCCCUCUGACACUCAAUGACAACAAUGUCCAAACCAGAUCGAAUCCUCUUGGAGCUCUGAUGUCUGCUGUGGAAGGUGCCAGGCAAAGCCGCCGAAGGUAUAUGACCAGCGAAAAGAAGGAAGUAUAUGCCAUGAAAGUUAUCAGAAAGGCGGAGAUGAUCCGCAACUCGCAGGAAGGCCAUAUUCGAGCGGAAAGAGAUUUCCUUGUUGCCUCUGAGAGCUCUCGCUGGGUUGUUCCUUUAAUCGCCAGCUUCCAAGAUGCCAACAAUCUAUAUCUUGUGAUGGAUUACAUGGUUGGUGGUGACUUCUUAGGGUUAUUGAUCCGCAAAGAUACACUCCGCGAGGACUGGGCACGAUUUUACGUCGCCGAAAUGAUAUUGUGCAUUGAAGAGGCACAUCGACUCCGCUGGAUUCAUCGCGAUGUGAAGCCCGAUAACUUCCUCAUCUCUGCGUCGGGCCAUUUGAAGAUCUCCGAUUUUGGUCUGGCUUUUAACGGGCAUUGGUCGCAUGAUCAAGCUUAUUAUAACAGUCAUCGCUACUCCUUGCUGGAGAAACUUGGUAUCGAUGUCAAGGGUGAUUCCGAAGACCAGAAGAUGGCUGCCGAAGCGAAAGAGCUCGCGCCUGAUAUCAAGUUGCACAGUCUGGAUGACCAUACUCUUCAUCAACCAUCCUCGACAAGCUUGUUGGAUUGGCGAAACAACAAAGGACGACGGAGAUUCGCAAAAAGCGUUGUUGGAACCAGUCAAUACAUGGCACCUGAGGUCGUUCGCGGUGAAAUGUAUGACGGACGAUGCGACUGGUGGAGCUUGGGUAUCAUUCUAUACGAGUGUCUAUAUGGGUUUACACCCUUUGCCUGUGAAAAUCGCCAUGAUACAAAGAUCAAGAUCCUCCAACACUCAAGAACUCUGCGAUUUCCCCGGGAGAAACCCACCGACAAGUUAGUCUCUCAGGAGGCCAUGGAUCUGAUUACCAGGAUUCUUCAAGAGCGCGAAUAUCGCCUGUGCUCUCCAAAGUACCAAGCCAAUGAUAUACUAAAUGGACGUCCUGUCUCGACCCAAAUGCUCUACUCUAUGGACGCGCGGUACAGAAAUAUCGCGAGCUACUAUGUAUACCCCAAUGAUGCAGCAGACAUCAAGAUUCAUCCGUUCUUCCGAGGUAUUCGAUGGCAAGAACUCCACAUGUGCCAACCGCCAGUGGUUCCUAGGGUCAGGAAUUGGGAAGAUACUAGAUAUUUUGACGACUGGAAGUUGGCCAGCAACGAGAUCGAGAACGUUGCUAGUAGUGACUCGGGGGACCCUGAACAAGAUCCUGACGCGAUCACCCCUGGUAAUCAAGAAAUAAGUCCAGCGGAGGACGUUGUUAAGCCGCCGGUUGCUGAGACUACUCCACGCGCAGCACAGGAGCAGGCGAAAGAUGCGGAAAAGAAAAAGGAGAAGAAGCGACCCCGUGAUAAAAUCCUGCGAGACAAACAGAUGAGCAAGACUGUCUUGGACAUUCGCAAGAAGGGCGCUUUUCUGGGCUAUACAUACCGGCGACCCGGUGACGUUGCUUUGGCUUUCAGUACAGAACGAGGGCGUCAACCGUAUACCAGAGGCCAAUUGGCCGGCCUCUAUGCACCGUGA